AUGAAUGAGGCCCCGGCUGAGGUCCUCAAGGAGGCGAGGCAGAAGAUCCUGGCGAUGAUGGAUCUAGGCCUCUCUCGUGAGGCUCUUUUCAACCUCGUUGCCACUUCGAGCCCAACCGGCCCAGAAGCUCCUCAGACCAUGAUUCAACAACCUCAGCAGCAGCAGCAACAACAACCCGUGCAGCAACACCACCAGACUUUGCUAACGCGGCCCGGUGAUGGUAUUUUGCCAGAAGUGAAGCAGGAACAACAGUCGCUGGACACAUCAGCGGUGAAUGCUCCCCCAGCACCCCAGAACGUUUACUGGGCCAAGCCAGGCCCUUAUCACCACCGUCCGCGUAUUUCUGUGUCGUCGACAAGCUCUGGAUCGUCCGGCCGGGCUAGCAUCUGGUCCAAUACCCUCCUUCGCGUCCACCUCCUCAGGCGCCACGCAUUACUCUCAGUCUUCCUCCCCCUCGCUCAGUCACAAGCGCUCCAGCCAGGGCAGUCCGGAACGACGUCGCCACCGGCUGCUGCACAAAAUCCCGCCGGCUGGCCUACCGGAAGGCUCAACUUCUAUUGGUGUACUUCAUGUGAAACGAGAUUCAAGAGAAAAUACGACUGGAAGAGGCACGAAGAAGAAUUUCACGAGAGAUGGAAGAAGUAUCCGUGCCCCGAGCCGGGUUGCAACCGUAGCUUCUGGGGAGCCAAUACUUUCAACCAACACCACAAGGCGUCGCAUGGGUGCAAGACAUGCCCCCAUUCCGAGCAAGUUGUCAAGUAUCUCAGAAAGCGGAAGUACUGGGCUUGCGGCUUCUGUGCUGCUCUCCAUCCUUCCAGGGAACGACACGUGGAGCAUGUUGCUAGGCACUUCGAAGCAGGCAAGACGAAGGCGGACUGGACCCAUUCUCGAGUCAUUUAUGGGCUGCUUCACCAACCGCUCAUCCACGAAGCUUGGAAGGAUGUUUUGGGAGAGAAGCAAGGCGACUUCGCAGGGCGACAGGCACAAUUCAGCUGGAAUCCCACCAAGACUGGGAGAGCGCAAGGCUUCAUGGAAAACGAGUGCCCAGGCCAGCUCCAAGAUCUUCUCGAAUUCUUCUCGGGCUCAAGCACCGAUGCUGAAGGCAUUGUACGAGUUGCUUACGAUCUUGCCGAUGUUGUCUUCAUAAAUAACGGCUUCGGAGGCCCAACAACCUGCGUCGACACUGCCUCCGUCGUUGCCGCGGCGAAUGCCACCUCCGAGGCUAACCCCAUGACUGGCGCCCCCAUGAUCAACAUCGACUAUCUCCAGUCGCAAGCUGGCAGCGGCCUCAUGCUGGAAGAUUGGGAGAGCUUCGCUACCACGGUGGUUGACGAUGGCAGCAUGCAACAACCCAAUCAAGUCCACUCCGAGUGGCCCAUGGUCCAGUAUUUUGGUCCUCAAUGA